AUGAACGACAGUGCUCCCCGCAUCAAUGGUUGUUUGCGAUGGAAGCAGCUCGAUUUAGCGGAGUUGGCUCUUAAGCCUCUGUCCUUUCUUUCUCUCUCCUAUCUCAUAGGCGUAGCCAGCAUGCCGAAGAAAGAGGCUGGUGGUAAGGGUGGUAAGGGCGACAAGGCCGGAAAGGGCAAGAGCGUCCAGUCGGCCAAGGGCGCCGUCAAGAAGGCCGGUAAGGCUAAGGGCAAGAAGAAGAAGUGGUCCAAGGGAAAGACGAAGGAGAAGUUGAACAACUUGGUCCUCUUCGAUCAGGCCACCUAUGAGAAGCUCCUCAAGGAAGUCCCCACCUACAAGCUGAUCACCCCCUCGGUCAUUUCCGAGCGUCUGAAGAUCAACGGCUCGCUCGCCCGCCGUGCCAUCAACGAGCUCAUGGCCAAGGGUCUCAUCCGUCAGGACUAG